AUGACGCACGCCGCCUCCCAGACCACGGGCGGGGAGCUGCGGCGGCACGGCGGAGGAAGAGGAGGGGUGCCGCGACGACGUGGCGGCGUUGCGGCUGAAGCUGGCAACGAUGGUGGCGAUAAUGGUGGCUGCGAUGGUGGGCGUGGCGAUCCCGCUGGCGCGGGACGGAAACGGCGGUGCCUCCUGAGCACGGAGAGCGGCUUCUUCGCCCUCGCCAAGGCCUUCGCCCUCGCCAAGGCCUUCGCCGCGGGAGUCAUCCUCGACACGGGCUUCGUCCACAUGCUCGACGACGCCGAGGCCGGGCUCACCGACCCCUGCCUCCCCCGCUUCCCCUGGCGCUGCUUCCCUUUCUCCGUUCUACAAGUGCAAGCACCGCGCCCCGCCGCCGCCGCCGCCGAGACCGACGUCGCGGCGGAGGAUGAUGAGGAGCGCUCUAUCAUCACGGCGGCGCCGAAGCCACCCGUGGACGGGGACGAGGACGAGGGCUCCGCCAAGGAGGGCGACGCGGUGCACAUCGUCGGAUUGCGCGCGCACGUAGUGGCGCACGGCCACAGCCACCACCACCAUGCCCGCGCCCACGGCCACGCGCACGCGCACGCGCACGCGCACGGGGACGGGGACGGGGACGAGGGCCAGGUCUCCUCGCACGUGCACCACGUCAUCGUCUCCCAGGUGCUCGAUCUAAAGUCUAAACCACCCUAUUAG